GCAUGACGUCAUAAUAUCGUUGCGCAGAAGAGUACAAAAAUAACAUGUCUUGUACAACGCUACAAAUAUUUUACUUUGACCUUGCACUUCUGUCAAUGGGUUCAUCCGGUGAAAUGUAAAAUGUGAAUUGCGGGCUGUAUAUAUGUGUAUAUAUGCGGUUGAAUGUUGAUCGUUCAAAAAAUAGUGCAAAAUUCUUGGGAGAGAAGCUUUAAAACUUGCGAUUUAGAACGCAAUAACAACAAAUGCUUCAACAGCAGAAACCUGCAAAAGAGCAGUAUGUCGAACCAAUGCAGGUUGAUGCUCCUGCGGAGGAUAAUGACAACACGGAAGAAGAGUCCUACAUUGUCGAAAAUCCAACGCUGGAUUUGGAGGUUUACGCCAACAGCUACACCGGGCUAGCAAAACUUUACAGACUAAUUUACAUCGCAGACCACUGCCCAACGUUACGAAUAGAAGCAUUGAAAAUGGCAAUAACCUACGUUAUGACCACCUACAAUGUCACUCUUUACUUGUCUCUUCACAGAAGACUCACACAGGCCUUAAAUACUCCAGGGUUGCCGGACGUCGCAGCUCAAUCCACAUCCCAGGAUCUCCCAGUAAUCGAUCAAACUUGGAUGGAAUCACGGUCCAAAAAAGCCGCCUUGAAACUCGAAAAGUUCGACACAGACCUGAAAAACUACAAGAGCAAUUCCAUCAAGGAGAGUAUAAGAAGAGGCCACGACGACCUUGGAGAUCACUACCUAGACUGCGGAGAUCUCGCCAACGCUCUCAAAUGUUACUCCAGAGCCAGGAAUUACUGCACGAGUGGUAAACAUGUUGUGAAUAUGUGUUGGAACGUUCUUAAAGUUUCCGUUUACCUUCAGAACUGGACUCACGUGAUUAGUUACGUUACGAAAGCUGAGGACACUCCAGAUUUUCCCGACGUCCAUGGCAAAGACAACAAUCAGGCAAUAGUUACGAAAUUGAAAGUAGCUGCUGGAUUGGCAGAAUUAGCCACGAAAAAAUACAAAUCCGCAGCAAAAUUGUUCCUCCAGGCAUCCCUCGAUCACUGCGAUUUUCCCGAACUUCUCUCGCCAGGGAACGUAGCCCUCUACGGUGGAUUAUGCGCCCUGGCGACCUUCGACAGACAUGAGUUGCAGAAGCAGGUCAUCUUCAGUAGCUCCUUCAAACUCUUCCUGGAAUUGGAACCGCAAUUGCGGGACAUUAUCUUCAAGUUUUAUGAGUCCAAGUAUGCCUCCUGCUUGAAACUCCUGGAUGAAAUCAAGGACAAUAUCCUGCUCGAUAUGUACAUAGCACCGCACGUCAACGGCCUCUAUACGCAAAUUCGCAACAGAGCUUUAAUUCAGUACUUUAGUCCUUAUUUGAGUGCGGAUAUGAGGCGAAUGGCGACUGCUUUUAACAGGACGGUUCCUGCCUUGGAGGAUGAGCUCAUGCAGUUGAUUCUUGAUGGGCAAAUUCAAGCUCGCAUUGAUUCGCACAAUAAGAUUUUGUAUGCCAAAGACGUGGACCAGCGUAGUACAACGUUCGAGAAGUCAAUAAGUCUAGGGAAAGAAUAUCAGAGACGUACACGAAUGUUGAUUCUGAGAGCUGCCAUGUUGAAAAAUCAGAUUCACGUGAAGAAUAAACAAAAAGAACAUACACAGGGCGGCGAGAUGUCCGUGGCUCCAGGAAACAGCAGUCAAACUCCAAGGAAUUGAUGCUCGAGUCUUCUUUGUGAUUAAAUACAUCGUAUAAUUUGAAGAGAAAAUUCGAUUAAAGUAUUUGUUCCAUCAACUUCUACAGUUACUCAUUUUUUUCAAGAAAAAAA